GAUGCUGCUUCCAUCACCAGUGAGGAGGAUGUGGAGUGUGACAGACGAGCUGCAGAGGAUUUGACAACAACAGAAAGAUUCAGUUCCCAAGGCCUGACCAAGCCAAAGAAUGGCCUUCACUAAUUUGAAAUGAAAUUUGUGUCAGGCCAAGACUCUAGUCUGCUUACUGCUGGUCCUCCUGAAUGUGCACACAGCCACAGGAAUGUCAGGGUGGGCUGGAUGUUUGGAUGGUCAGGAUGUAUUUGCAGCAGUCAGAGAAAACAGCCUUUCAGGAGAAGUUGUUGCUGAGCUCAUGAGUGACACCACAGCAGAUGGUGUGCGCUGGAGUCUUGGUGGAAAGGACGCCGACUGGUUCUUCUUGAAUGAAAGAAACAUCCGGUUGAAUACAACACCUGACAAGAUCCUUGACCGAGAGGUUCAGGGUCCUGUCCUAGUGGCUGAGUUGGUAUAUUGUCAGGAUGAUACACUUCAGAUUGUGUACAGGAUUGUGGUGAUGAUUCUCAAUGAGAAUGAUAAUUCACCUGUGUUUGCAGAAGACACUGUCCAGUCUUUUGUUAUCAGUGAGUUGACUCCAGUGAAUACUAUAGCCUUUACUGUCCAUGCCACAGAUGCGGAUAACGACACGAUCAUUUACUCCAUUGACCAGACAUCACCUGAUGCUGAGUACUUUAAAGUUGAUUUCCCCAACACUGGAGAGGUGAUUCUGUCCAAGCCUCUAGACUAUGAGACUAAAACCCUGCUCACUGUCACCAUUCACGCAGCAGAAAUGAGCACUGUUGAGCACUUCAACACCAGCAUCAAUAUCACCAUUACUGUUCUGGAUGGAGAUGACCAUUACCCACAGUUUGUGCCCUGCAACCUGCUUUUCCAGAAUGAGACCAGCUGCAUCUGCACCAGCCCAGUGUAUACAGCUAAUAUCACAGAGGGGGAAGAGGACAUUGUGUUGGACUUCUUUCCCAGUCCCAUUCAUGCAGUGGAUGGAGACAGAGGUCUCAGCUCUCCACUCAGCUAUGCCAUCCUCUCAGGAGAUGAUGAAGGUCGCUUCCUAAUGGACAGUAUGACAGGGGAGGUGAAACUAACUCGAGGGGUGGGAGACAGAUUAACAACUCCAGUGCUGAAUCUUCACAUCAUGGCAUACCAGGACGAUGAUCCCAGGAAGUACUCUGUAGCUACAGUGUUGGUCAGAGUUCUGGCAGUGAACCAGUUUUCUCCUGAGUUUGGCAUGGCUGAAUAUCACGGCUUUGUAACUGCAGGACAGAACAUCGCCUCCCUGGUCAAUACCUAUGGCAACAAAGUACUGAUGCUACAUGUACAAGACCAGGACUUUAACCACGGUUUCAAUCCCAUGAUCUCCUUCACCUUCAGUCCAACAUCUAAUCACACAGACAUCUACCAGUUUGCACGGGAUGGGUUUCUGAUCGCCAGGGCCAAUCAACUAAAGCCAAAACAGAAACACGUUCUAGAGGUAAUGGCUAUAGACCAGGAGUCUGGCGAUGCAGCCUUUACUACUGUAGUAGUUGAGGUGUUAAAUGACGGACAACCAGUUCCUCAUAGUCCACUGGGAGGUGACCAUCUGACAGGUUGUACAGUGAGCAGGGCGUUCUUUCUGACCAUGAUGUUCAUGACUGUAAUUGGAUGUAUCCUGUCUACGGUGAUGUGGCUGAAGAAGAAAUAUAAGGGGAAGAGGGACCCACUGGAGAGAGGCUGUGUGGCCCAGGGUAAACACCCCAAUGUGGUAAGAUUAGUUUAAAUCUGUAAUCUAGGUUCAUAUUUAUCAGGAUUUGUUUGUCACUGAGUUCUGAAAUAUUCUCUACUAUAUUCCCUCAGAGCUUACGAUGGUUCCAACUGGUGAGC